AUGGCGAAGAAAAAGGGAGGCAAAAGGGGUCGUCAGCUUAUGACGCCGGCCCCAACGCCACGUCCAAGUGGUACUCCGAACUUGAAUGGUAUAGGAACCCCAGGUCCAAGUGGUACCCAAGAAGCUCCAGACUUGAGUGUAGGAACCCCAGGUCCAAGUGGUACUCAAGAAGCUCCAGACUUGAGUGUAGGAACCCCAGGUCCAAGUGGUACCCAAGAAGCUCCAGACACGAGUGGUACUGGAACGCCUGGUCAAAUUGACAGAGAGGGAAGAGAACACAAGCAAAAAAAUCAUGUCUCGUUUGAUACUCCCAACAAGAAACCCAAGGAUGAUGGAUAUUAUGUGAUGGAUUCGGUGGUUGAACUGGGAGGUGCAGCUGAACGGGUAGAGCCGAUACGUGAGGUUGACGACGAACAACCAGUGGAGACAAUUGAGCGUGACGACGAACAACCAGUGGAGACAAUUGAGCGUGACGACCAACAGCUGGUGGAGACAAUUGAGCAUGACGACGGACCGCCGGUGUUAGAAUACCAUGUCAAGAAGGUGAUUUGGGAAGAAACCAAUCGCUACUAUAAUUUGGUGUGUGAAUUUUUUAACGACAACGAAGACUCUGACGUGAGAGAAGUCGAGAGGUUCUUCGCUCGAUUGAACAAAAUGAUCCGUGCUGCCAACAGCAGAGAGGGUAUGCCUCUUUCCAAUGGAUGUGUGGAAUACCAGACAGUCAUAGACGAGGUCCAUUCUUGGAGACGGCGAUUUGGUAAAACCCGUCGUGUAGACGCACAAAAACUAUUGAUGGAUUUCGAAAACACCUACAGAAUGAUCAACGCUCAUAACGAGAGGUUUUAUCUCUCCGAAGGCUGGAAUAUUAAUCCUAAUGCGUUGGCGGAUCUACUCAGUCCAGCCAAUUUGCAAACAUUGCAUGGGAGAGUCUCGCAGUAUUCUUACAGAAGAGCACCCCUGGUCGCUCAGGAAUCCAGCAACUCGCAAAAUCCGAUUGAAGCCAACCUGACAGGGUUUCAGCGAUUAGAAGCUAGAGCCCAGGCUGAACAAAGGGCUAUCUCUUCCGGUGAAGUUCUAUACUGGUGGAAAAAGGGUACCGGGUAUCAAACCUUUGUGAAAUAUGGAGAUGUGGAUCCAGUGUAUCGUAUCAGAGCUGGUUCUUAUGAAUCAUUCGACCGAAAAGAGGUUGAGCAGGUUCUAAGCUCCGAGUCCCGCGGUACGCAAAAGCAUAUCACUCACGGAACAGAUGGAAUCAGGGCCCAGGAUUGGGUCUGGACCAGGGAGCAUGUCCUUGAUAUUCUUGGUGUGGGUUGGAAGGUCCCAGAUGACGAUGAAGAAGAAGUCGAUCCAUUGAGCUUGAUUGUUCCAGCAACUGGCGUUAUCUACCCACAGACAAGAGUGAUAGUUCUUUGGACCGAUGGAAGGACCACACUCGAGACCAGGACCUUUAUCCGUCGAAUCGCCGGCGGUCCAAACCGUAACGGAGAUAACAUUAUCUACCAAAAAGCAUUAGAGGUCGAACAAACGAACGAGGACGAGCGGUCACGGGAAUCAACGGAAGACCAGAGCGAUGGUGGAAGUGAUACGACCUCCGAAGAAUCCGAAGACUCGGAAGACUCGGAAGACGACAACCGGCCUAAAAGAAGAACAAAGCGGCACUCCCAGCCCCAUAAAAAUCGAGGAUCCACACCCUCAGGCUCGCGAUCCUCAAGGUACAAGAAGGGCCAAACUACAAACACAAAAGGCGAUGCCAGUGGGCGCGCCCCUAAAUCUCGAAGGACCUUAGACCGGAAUAACCUUCGUCGUGACAUCGAAAAGCUAGCACGCAAGCUUGCUGAGUUGGAUGAUGGAAAUCGACGGGGAGCGAAGCGCCGCUGA